CACAGAGUCAGGAUGUGACAUCACUGGAGGAGCAGAGCUAUGUCUACAGAACUCUCCAAACUGUUUGCUGACUAGAGCUGAAAGGAUUCAGGAGCCAUCACAUUAUCUGCCUACUAGAUAGUCUGCCGUCCUCCAGUCUGUGACUUGCAUCGUAGUGUGGACUGGACAUCAUGGCGUUGUGCCUCACCCAGGUCUUUAACAAAGACAGAACGUUCCGUCCCAGGAAGAGGUUUGAACCCGGAACCCAACGAUUUGAGCUCUAUAAAAAGGCUCAGGCCUCCCUGAAAUCAGGUCUGGAUCUUAGGAGUGUGGUGCAGCUUCCCGAGGCGGAGAACAUUAAUGACUGGAUAGCUGUGCAUGUUGUUGACUUCUUCAACAGGAUCAAUCUGAUUUAUGGAACAAUGUCAGAGUUCUGCACAGAGAGGAGUUGUCCCAUUAUGUCUGGUGGCCUCAGGUAUGAAUACAGGUGGCAGGAUGACCUCAAGUACAAGAAGCCCACAAAAGUGUCCGCUCCGCUCUAUAUGAACUUGCUAAUGGACUGGAUAGAGACACUGAUUAACAACGAAGACAUAUUCCCAACUCGAACAGGGAUUCCUUUCCCAAAGAACUUCCAGCAAGUCUGCACCAAGAUCCUGACACGGUUAUUCCGGGUAUUUGUCCACGUCUACAUCCAUCAUUUUGAUGGUAUCCUCAGUGUGGGGGCGGAAGCUCAUGUCAACACCUGCUACAAACACUUCUACUACUUCAUUGCAGAGUUCAGUCUGGUGGAUCAUCGAGAGCUGGAACCAUUGGUAAGGUAUGGUGGCUGAGAUACUGGGGUCUGCCCCAUUCAAAGGGGAGGCUGAGAUUCUGAGUAUACCCUAUUCAAAGGGGAGGCUGAGAUACUGGGAUGUGCCCCAUUCAAAGGGGAGGCUGAGAUACAGGGGUGUACCCCAUUCAAAAAGGAGGCAGAGAUACUGAUUGUACCCCAUUCAAAUGGGAAGCUGAGAUACUGAUUGUACCCCAUUCAAAAGGGGAGGUUCAGAUACUGGGGUGUGCGCCAUUCAAAGGAAAGGCUGAGAUAUUGGUGUAUACCCCAUUCAAAGGGGAUGCUGAGCUCCUGGGGUGUACCUUAUUCAACGUUGUAGUAUGUCUCCAAAUGUCAAAUAUUUAUGUAUGAAAAAUAUAUCAACCUGAUUUGGUAAUCCUCUCCAAAUCUAAUGUAUGC